CACUGCCGAGACUGGAAGGCAACCUUGUACAGGGCUGGAUCCCACAGACAAGUUUUUGCGAAGAAGUCUACAGCCCGAGGCGAUCUGGAUCUCUUCAGAUCUCUUCUGGUCAGUUACUUAAUGCGCCGUGAACACAUAAGUAAGACUAGCUUUAAUUCUCUUAAACUCGUUUCAACUCGUUCCUUCCUCGCCUCAAAUCUUUUUCAUCUUGAAUGUCCACUGAUUCUGUUCUACCUCCACUUCAGUUAAAAGGCGAAAUAAUGGAUCUCGAAUUCACCGUCGAUACUGACCAUCGCAAGAGAAGACGCAAUAGAACAACUCAGUCAUGUCUUAACUGUCACACCUCCAAGCGCAAGUGUGAUAGAAAACGACCAUGUCAGCGCUGUAUACAACUCGGCUUAACUGGCCUUUGUGUCUAUGAGAUUGAUGAUCCAGCACUGAGGGAUGAUCCCACGAUCGACGAAGCCACUCGUUUGAGAAACAGAAUUGCAGAACUCGAAAGUCUCGUGAGGGAGUUGCGUGGGAAACCACAUCCUCGCUGGGCUGAUGCCAAUUUCCGAGACGGAGAUCCAUCAGAAAGGUGGCAUUCACGAGCAGCCAAAAACAACAUGCAACUCAGACGGCGUGGUCGGUCUGACGAUGUACUAGAGCGCACCAACCAAGAACCCCGGGGCUUGGUUUCUGCCGCUGGUGCCCCCAUCAAAAUUGAACCCGUUACAGACAUCUCGCGGCCCGAUCUGUAUUGCUUUUCGCCAUCCCCUCCAGCGUCUUACUCUACAUUCCAUCCAGAUAACCCAUCAUCGCCACCAUUCGAGCGUCAAAAUGGUCAUCAUUACAGCAACAGCUUACCUAGUAAUGGGCGCUCUAUGCCGUACUCAUCCCCCACAUCCAAUCAGAAUAUGACGUAUAACCAUCACCAUACCGACUCCUCGUUUCAAGAAAACGGUCACGUCUAUCCGAUGAACUCCGCCGAACAAGAUAAAGUUUUUGGAAAUCAUUUCGCUGACUCCCCCGUCUCGCAUUCUUUUUGUUCGUGCCGAACAAAUCCUGCCACCGGUCAUGCCCUCAUAUCUCUGAGUCAUCAGCUGCAAAGUACACUGAACUCUUUACGGCAGUAUGCUCAGCAUCCCGAAAAUACCCAGUGCCAGCUGUUCAGGCGCAUCAUUGAAUUGCAUGAUCUCAUGCGGUGUGUUGUCCCUGCCUUGCCUCGCGGCGACCUCGUGUUCAUAUUAACUAAUUUGUUUGUUGUGAGAACUAGUGGUAAUGAUCCGGAUGAGGCAUCGGGAUCACCAUAUGGAACCCUUCCCACACCUACCGAAAGUGACAUUUUGUCGUCGCAUUCGUCCUCAAGUACCCCGUUCCACGGAUCCUCAUCAGCUUCUGUAUCAGAGUGGAAUGCCAUGGCUUCUUCGAGAUUUAAUCCCUACUUCCCCGUUUCCCCAACUGAACAGGGUCUGUAUAGUAAUAUCAUCACAUGAGCGGGCAUCCGUUCCAUCGUGAGCUAGUCCUAGCAGCCCCUUUCAGAUAUAUUUACUCUCGUCACGCUGGCUAUGACGAUGUUAUGAUGCCUAUA